GGACUUUCCGCCAAAGCUUUUCCGGUUUUCAGUCUGGUCCGCAGAGGUUACCCAUAAAAGAAAGCUGCCAUCACAGGCAGCAGAUCUUUGUUCUCUGACCACUUGAUAAUGUCAGGACGCGGCAAAGGAGGUAAGGGCCUGGGGAAAGGGGGUGCCAAGCGCCACCGCAAGGUGCUGCGCGACAACAUCCAGGGCAUCACCAAGCCAGCCAUUCGGCGUCUUGCUCGCCGCGGCGGUGUGAAGCGCAUCUCUGGCCUCAUCUACGAGGAGACCCGCGGGGUGCUGAAGGUGUUCCUGGAGAACGUGAUCCGGGACGCCGUGACCUACACGGAGCACGCCAAGCGCAAGACGGUCACCGCCAUGGACGUGGUCUACGCGCUCAAGCGCCAGGGCCGCACCCUCUAUGGCUUCGGCGGCUAAACGGCAUUCUGAAGCCCAGUCAUUCUCUAAAAAGGCCCUUUUUAGGGCCCCUAAGCUUUCAACAAAAGAGUUGAAAUGACUGCAAACUGAGUCUCUUAAUAGGGCCAUUGUCAGUGAGUUCUGCCAUCCUAUUUUACAAGAUUAACUCGAUGCGGAAAAUGGGCUGAUGACUACAGAUGACCCUGGGCCGAGAUUUUUCCAAGGCCAGAAGAGCCUCUGCUGGCCAGUAGCUUCUGGCGGCUGCCUGGAAAUUGCCUGCAGCCGGUUUACCGCUCGGAUUAGUUUAGAAAGCCAAGGGGUCUGGGGUCCAAAUAGGGGCGGGCUAGACAAUUAACUUCCCUCUGGACCUUCAAAUACGUCUCAGGAGAUAUGAGUUUGAUGGGCUCCACUAAAUGCUAGAACCUCCAGGAAAACUUCGUGGUGGCUGGUUUAAGAGGACUUGGGGGGCACAGAGCUCUGCAUGGGGGGGAGGGGGACAGACCAUACUUUUACUACUGUAGAACAGUCGGGCAGUCUUAAGAGUCUUAAGUAAUAAUAUUCCUUUAUAUGUUUGCCUUUUAAAUACUGGAAUAUAUCAAGUAUACAAAAUGCGCUGGUGACCACACCACUUAUUCAAGUGCAUCUAAAAUCCUUAUGUCCCUUUCUCAGUAGCACAGCCCUCCCUUUUUCCUAUCUAGAAUUAACUAAUAUUCUAGGAUAAACUGAUAUUCUAAAUUUGGUGCUUACUGUUCCCACGCGUUUUAUUUUUAACUUUAGAUGCACAUACCCCUAAUCUAUUUUAAUCGUCAUUAAUUUUUACAUUUGCUCUUGAAAUAUAUCCGUGUUGAAAUGUGCAGUUCUAGGUUAUUUUUACCAUUAAUCUGGCUUUCUAAUGUGUCAGUAAAUACUUUAUUCAUUUCUCUGUUGAUUUUUUUUCCUCAUUACAAAACAGCACUGUAUACAGCUGUGCGUUUUCUGGUUACAUGGAAGUGAAAUUAUUUGGUAAAAGUAUGUGCAUAUUCAACAUGAAUAAAAAUGAACAAUUUGCUUUCCAGGGUAGUAUUUUAAAUUUAUACUCCCAUAUUCCACCAGCAGUGCUUGAGAGUUAUUGUUUAUCAGCAUUUCCUAAUGUCAAAUCGGAGUUUUUCUAAAUGAGAUUUUUGGCUAUUUGGAGAUUUUCCCACUUUCCUGGGAAUGGUCUAUUCAGAUUCUCUACAGUUUUUAUUUUAUGAGAUUUGAUUUGUAAAUAUUCUUUAUAUAUUUGAGUUUUAACUUUUUGUCAGUAUAUGACAAAUAUAUUCUGUCACCUUGUGGGUUUGUUUUUAACUGUUCGUGAUAUCUUUGGAUGUGCAAAAUUUUAAUAAUGUUGGAUUUUUUAUAGUUUUUGAAUGCUGCCUUUUCAUAAAGGGGUUAUCUGACUUCCACUUUCCCCAGGAGCUGCAGGCAUCAAUCUGGGGAAAAAAAAAAAAAAAAACCAUUUAGGCUGCUUAUCUCCUGAUUUGGCUUGAACUGGAUAGUAAGGCUUUUCUGAAAUCGCUGUAAGAGUAGCAUUAAGAGCGAGCUAAGGGAAGACCUGAUAAAAGAUUGAUCUUACUUUCUAAAUAAGCAAUGAUUAACAAUACCUAAAAUUUUCAAAGUAUUACAAAAGGGACAAAAGAAAGGGUGAAAGAGGAAAGUAAUGCCUAAGAUACACUGAAAGUUUUUUGAAAAUUGUGUUAAGUGCUUUACAUGGAUUAUCUCGUAUCUCAUAUUCUUGUGAGAUAGAUUUUAUUACUCUUAUUUUAAAAUGGCAAAAGAGGCCAAAUCAAAUAACCAAUUCACAAAUGUUAGAUUUUAUGACCCAAACUUGUUUUUAAUUUUUAUUAUUCCAGGAGCAUAGAUUCAAAUUGCCCCGAACAUACACUCACUCAAACCUGUAAUAUUCUUAAUCACACUCUCUUAGUAGAUAGAUAAACCAUCACAGAGAGUAGUAGUGGUGCUAGUCCUAUAAUGAAGAAUUUGGGGAAAUGUGUCAGGACAGAUACAAAACCUGCCUGUCACUUAUCCCAAUUGGAAUGAAUUAUUUUCAUGUGUCAGUUUGUGGGCCUGAGAAAGUCAUUUUUAUUUUGUGUCUAUAUAGUUAUGUUAUUGUUAAAUCUGCAGCAAUGUAACACGUCCUUCCCUGUCAUUUUUCAUGUUCCGAGCCCAAUGGAUUAAACACUCCCUUAGGAAAAACCGUAGUAGGUGGUGAUGCAAGAAGGAAUUGUAAUCCAUUGCAUAGUGCCCUAGUGGGUUUUAGGUCAAGUUCUGCUCAUUGAGUGUCUUAUGGUAUAGCACUAGCCAUGCAUGGAGUUUGAGCACUUACAAUGUGGCGUGUGACUGAGGGAGUAAGUGUUUAAUUAUAUCUUAAUUAGUUUACAUUUAAAAACUGGUGCUGGAUUCAAUUAGAUAACAUUCAAGUAUACUUGGAACACCUUAGGGGCAUGAAUCAGAAUCAUCUUAUUCUAAUUACAGAUCAAGAAUUCCCCAUGAAAAUUUAUUUUGAUAUACCGUAAAAGUGUAAAAUACACACCAGAUUUUGAAGAUUUGAAAUGAAAAAAGAAUGCAAGAUAUUUAAUACAUUCUGUAUUGACUAUAUGCUGAAACUGUAUUUUUGAUAUAUUCUGUCAAAUAGGAUACACUAUUAAAAUUAAC